AUGCCCAAAAUACCUCCAACAAUUACAUUGUCGCAAGAAGUGAAAUCAACUGAUCCAGAUCCUGUAAAGUUAGUGCCUCUUGUGGUCGGUAAAGACAAGAAAUUGAUCAUGGAAAAGCUACCGGAUUAUCUCGCGUAUUGUGCCACUUCUGCUUCGAACAGAAAAGGUUGGGACAUGUAUGGAGUAGAGGAACUGCUGCGGCAAAAAGCGAUCACAGAGGAAAAGCUUGUCGAAUAUUUACUUUCUAAAACCGGCAGCAAAAACCCUGUCGAUGCUUUCGUCGUCGAAUAUCUUCAGGCGGGACUUUAUGCGAUGUAUCGGCGUGAUGGUAAGAAAUACGAUGUGAUCUUGCGUUCGUCUCAAGCGGUCCGUAAUUGGAUCAAUGCUGCUCCAAACAAGCAGCGGAGGAAAAUUUUCACGCCGAUUCCUGAUACGAAAACGAGCGGCCGACCUUUGAAGGCUUUUCAAAAUUCCAUGGUGACGAAGGAUAACAAAUUUGAUUGGGAGUUGCUGCCAUCCUAUGUCAUAUCCAAUGAAAAGUCGCGUAUGCUCAGUUUACAUGACAGAUGGGGCGUAAUGAAGCUCUUUGAGCUCAACGCAAAAGGUUUCAGUGAAGUCAAACUAAUCGAAUAUUUUCUUAAGGACCUCAAGAGCGACGACUUGUUCAGGCGGUCCAUCGCCGAACGACUUGAGGAUGGAUUGUUGGAGAUAUAUGAGCGUUAUGGUAAGAACGAGAAGGCAAUUAAAAACGCAACUAAGGCGGUAAAGCGGUGGUGGUAUAACGCACCUCCUCUUCCAAAGUAG